UCAAAAAGAAAGAUUGGCUAUAUGAGUUAUAGUCAUAUUUAUCCUCACAUGGAUAAGUUCCAAGGCUGGUGUCUGCGAUAACCGCUACCAAAUGACCUAUAACAAUGCUUAUACUGUUAGAAAGUACUUAUGAUGAGUUGGAACCACAGAGCUAAUUGUGGCAAAUGAGAAAAAGAGCUCACCUUAUGAUCAUUAUACUACUAUUAUGUACUUGCAUGAUACAUCAAGUCCAUAUAAUGCAUCAAAAUUAUAUGUGAAGCAAAUGACAACUCCAAACCCAGGUUCCCCUAAUCCACAUGGGUUCAUGGCUCACGAUGGCUUUGUUGAUGAGACGAGAGGGAAAUUUAUAGUGACUGGAAUGGCAUCUUUUACUGGCACCUUAAAUCAUUUAGCAUUUAUUGUCGUAACUCCUGGCUCACCUCCUACUUUCGACCUAAGGGCCAUGAAUCAAGCUCCAAAUCUCCCAAUGGAAAUGAGUAUAUAUACUCUCAAUGGCGCUAAUCUGAUCACUCCAGCAAGCAAUUUAGCAUAUUUUGGGAUGAUCUUGGCUUACAAUAAUAAUUAUGAAUCAAAUAAUCAGUCCCAGAUCCUUUUGAAAAUAAGUCUCACAGACUAUUCCAUACAAGCGAGCAGAUAUCUGACCGGGUUUAUUCCAUAUGGAAUGGGAAGCGGAGGAAUACGCAACAUCACCUUCGCAGGAUCUUAUUCAAGAGGAAUAAUUCUAAGUGAUGGAACAAUAAUUAACAGAGUAUAUAUCCCAAAUGCAGCAACGAAUCAAUAUUUUCGUUACAGCUAUAUACUCUACAAAAUGACAUUUUCAUCCAAUGGUACAGUCAUUGUCAGAGAUAAUGGCAAUACAUACGGUUAUGAUUAUGUCUCAGUACAGACAUCUUUUGGAGAAAGAAUAUUUGAAAUUGGAAUAUUGUCUGACGAUGGUGAUAAUUUCCUAUAUUACAAUCUGAUAAAUCCAUUCGGGGAUUUAAGUAUAAGCAAGAUUCAUUACACAGAAAGAACUGAGGUUGAAUUAUCAGCGUAUUAUGGCUUUUAUCAAAAGACAAAUAAUGAAGGGAUCAUUUUCUUGCGAACUCCUGAUGGAGUAUCAGUAGUUAAGGUAAGAUUGUCCGAUGGAAAAGUGAAUGCAAGAUAUGAUGCAGAUAUUUCUACAUCAUUCGGAUUCAUGUCACAAAGAGGAGAUGAUAUAUAUUUGCAUUAUUCAAGCUCAGGAACCUAUGUUAAAUCCUCAUUUUUACUGACUAAUGGAGCCACAUGUUCAGAUACAUAUGAUUCAAAGACAGGAAACAAAUUGCAUACAGAUGAUUUUACAGAAUAUCGAGAUGCCACAAGAAAAUUCGUGAAUAGCCCAACAACAACAACUUUUACAAUGGGAUCAGGAACUCUAGUACUUUCAGAUGCUACAGCUACUUCUUGGGAAGAAGAUAAUUGUGGUUCAUUUACAUCUACGUUAACAAAUCCUAUGGCAACAUACUUAAAAUUAUGAAAUAAUGCUACAUUAUCCACUUGGGAUUUAUGCUCAUUGAUUAGAACCUCUCAUACUAGUUCUUGUACUAUCCCAAAUGCAGACAAUUAUCUUGAAUCAAUAUAUAUUUCCGAUACUACAUUAAUAAACACUGCUGAUAACACUCCAAUUACAUGGAUGAGUCUAAGCUCAUCAGGAGUACUAACUGCAAGUAACAUCCCAUGUUCAUUGACCAACAACUACACUAUUUCCUUUAAAGCAAACCUCGGGGUAGCUGGGUCUAAUACUGAAAUUCAAUUUAUUAUGCAAAUUGAUGGUCAAAGGCCAUUAAUUAAUGAUACUGUUGCUGAUCAAUCAACAACAGCGUUAAAUUCAUCAAUAUCUUACAAUGUAUCAACAAUGUUUAAAAAUGGCGCUGGAUUUUCUUCACCUCUCACAUAUUCCGCUACUUUGGCUGAUGGAAAUAACUUGCCUUCAUGGAUUUCAUUUGAUGCAACAACAAAGAUAUUUACUAUUACAACUACUGCUAUUCAAACAGCAACAGUCAAACUAAUUUGCACAAAUAAUUUAUCAAAUAAUAAGACGCAAGAAUUUACAGUUUCAAUUACCAAUAAUCAGCCUAAUGUUGCUUCCUCAAUGGGGACAGUUACUCAUGAAGAUAACAGAACUUAUACUGAAACAUUCAACUUAGCUCAAGUAUUUCAAGAGACUGAUCCAAACCAAGUCUUAACUUUCUCUCUUGUGUCUUUUCCUGCUUUUGUUACAGCAACGAUUUCAGGCUCAAAUAUUCUUACAGUUACUAGCUUCCCAAGCUCAUCUGAUGUUGGAGGAACCCAUAGAGUGCAAGUUCUUGCAUCUGAUUCAUUUUCAUCACGUUUAGAUAUACUCACAAUUGUUGUAAUCGAAAAUACCCCUCCUACCCAGCCAGUUGGACUUCAGACUUCAAUCACAGGAUAUGAAGAUACUCAAAACUAUACAGCUUUUCUUCCUUUUGUUGAUGCUGAAGGAAAUGGAAUAAGCUACAAUGUUGUAAAUUCUGAUGGGAGUCCUCUCAAUACAUCAUGGAUCACAUUUGACCAUUCAACUAGAAAUUUAACCUAUACUCCUUAUGGUUCUUUGACGAGUCCAAUGACAUUCACGCUAACUGUUGGAGAUGCAUAUAACACUCCAAGUAAUACUACAAUCACAAUGACAAUAAAGUUCAAGCCAAAGGAUAACCCAGCAAUUGUGUCAAGGCUUGGAGAAUUUGUUGCUCUCUCAUUUUCAUAUUUCCAAGUUCCAAAUAAUAUUAUUACAGACGAUGCUGUGAUUACAAGUUAUUGGGUUACUUUAGAUGAUGGGUCAAGUUCUCCUCCAUCGUGGCUCACUAUUACAUAUCCAGACACAAGUACAAGUGGGCACUUUGAAUUUUCUGGAACUUAUCCAACAUUCCUCAUCGAACUUAUUCCUUUGAGAAUAUAUGCUCGUGAUGCUGACAAUCUUGUAGGAUAUGCUUCAAUACAAUUAGAAACUAAGCUGCACUGUCAUAUCAGUUGUCUUACUUGAGAUGGCCCAACCAUCAACGACUGAUUGAGUUGUGAUACAGGGCGUUUUCUAUAUCAAACAGUCUGUAAAACGGUCUGUCCAAAUGGAUACUAUGGAGAAUCAUCAGAUAAUACCUGCCAAUUGUGUAAUCAAGCAUGCAAGACAUGAAAUGGUUCGACUGACUACGACUGCACUGAAUGUCAAAGGAAUGCUACACAUACAUAUUAUGAGAAUGUCGAUCAGUGUGUAACUCCUUGUCCAACUGGAAAAUAUGGUGAUGAUUUUACAUAUAAAUGUGAAAAUUGCCACUCCUUCUGUACUGAGUGUUAUGGAGGAUUAUCAACACAGUGUACUGCUUGAGCAGUUUCAAACAGAUAUACCUUAGUAUCUCCAGAUACCUGAUUAUAUUUGGUUUGUCCUCAGGGUACAUUCUAUAACAGUACAACAAAUUCUUGCAACAACUGCCAUGAUAGUUGAAAAGAGUGAAUAGGACCAAAUUAUAACAAUUGCACGUCCUGCCCCUUUUCAAGGUUUAUAUCUGAAUCAAGUGGAAUUUGCCAACUUUGCACAGAAAUAAAUGCUGGGUUACAAUUUCAACCUCUUUCUAACACCUGUCUUGAACAAUGUGGAAAAGGAUAUAAUCUUGGGUUCAUAGAAUGAGAUGAUAGCAACACCAUCAGUGGAGACGGAUGUAGUGCUCUUUGAACAAUAGAAACAGACUGGAAAUGUGAGGGUGGCAGCACAACAACUCCUGAUACUUGCAUUAGUCUCAUAGGGCCCACUGCAGAACUGACGUUUAUUAGUAGCUCAACAUAUCUGGCUUCAAUUGCUUUCUCAGAAAAUGUAACAUUUGGAGAAUAUUCAGAAGGAGAUAUUACAAUAUCGAUUGAUGGUCCUCUUGCUCCUUAUGAGUUCAAUUUCACUAUUAACUCCACAACAGAAUAUGUCACUGGGCAAAUCAGGAAUAGGUUCAAAAUACAGUUUGAGUUUUUAUCUAGCCUUGCUGGAGAACAUAAAGAGAAAAUUACUGUAACUUUUAACAAGCCAGAAUUAUUUACCGAUGCAGAUGGAAAUAUUUUGACAACAUCUACCGUUGAUAUAACAAUUCCAUUCUUCAAAGUCUAUAUCUCUGAAGAAGAAAAAGCAGCAGCAAGUACACAGUCCAGUGCCAGUCUUUUGAGUCUGAUUCUUGCAUUAGGAUCCAGCACAUUGAUUUCAGUGGCACUUGGUGGUACUGUAGAGGCAACUUGGCUACUCUUCGGAAGUAUCCAGCUGAUGUCAUUUGUUCCUCUCUUUAAUAUGAACUUACCUGGAAACUUCAGAGAGUUUUCAAAGAACUUAGCAGUGCUGCAUGGAGAGCCAGCAGGUCUCCCGAAUCUGUUCGAAUACUUUAUACCAAAGAACACACAGCCUUUCAACAACUAUUUCGAAUUGAUGGAAUUCAAAACAGAGAAACUGCUCCAUAAUUCUGGAAGGAAGAUUGAACUUUGGGGAAUGAUGUUCUUGGGAAUGGGAAUAUCAUUUGUGCUGUUUGAUACUUUUGGAGAAUCUUUCUUAGGAAAGAUAAUUAGAAUGAUCGAUACCAAAGUCAGAUAUGGGCUUCUUAUCCGCAGUGUUUCUCAGUUUUAUCUCAGUUUCUGUCUCUGAUCAGUUCUUGAUAUCUACACUUUAUCUUGGAGCGGAGGAGACACAAGCUAUAUUUCAAACAUUUCAGCAAUGGUUGGCAUGCUCUUUGUCAUGUACAUUCCGAUAAAGUCGUUCGAAAUCGUUUAUAGAACAGGUGAUUUAAACUCAGAAGAUUUCAAAAAGCGCUACAAAACCAUUAUAGCAGGACUCAAAACCUCAGGACCUCUGUGCUUUCAGUUUAUUAGUAUAUUUUAUUUCAGACGUGCUGUCUACGCUUCAAUAUUUGUAUUAUUUGAGUCAUCCCCAGGGUUCCAAUUGGUUUCCACAAUUACAGUCACAUUAUGAAUGGCAGUUUUCUUAAUAAUCAUCAGACCUUAUGACUCUUUGUUAUCAAUAUACUUGAGCAUCCUCAACGAAUUUUUACUUGUCAUGAUGAUAUCUGGGUGCUUCAGAUUCUUGAAUCCUACAAUAACUCCAAGCUUAAAUACAACUCUAGGCACUGCUUUUGUUGGAAUAGUCAUCGGAACCAUUAUAAUCAACUGGGUCUCCAUCAUCUUUUACGGAAUCGGCAUAAUGAUCCAAAAAUACUUCAAGCACAAAAAGACCCAACAGAUCAAAAAGUUCAAAAACAUCAUCAUGGAAGAAUCAAAAAAUUCCUACGCAAAACUCAAAAAACUCCAAUAA